UGUUGCCGUGUCCUCCUUAAACGGCCCAGCAGUCUUCCCGUGCCAUUUGCAAUCCGUGAGAUUUCGGGGGGGCUGCCCCAUUCCCGUUUGGCGCUGCGUGCUGUGGUCCCGGUUGGCAGGCGGGAGCGAGGCUCCCUGGGCAUGACCCUGGAGACCCUGUGCCUCAGCGAGCACGGCUAAUGUUACAGUAAUGGAUUCCAAAGAAUUGCUUAACUCGUCGGAUCAAGACGAAACACGGAAAAAUGCGCUCAUCAGUACCAAAGGAGGGAUUGUGAUGGACUUUCAUCCACCCUUCAGGGGUGGAGCUACUGUACAAGCCCCUGUGUCUACAUCUCCUCUCCCUGUGUCUUCUCAGUCAGAUUCCAAUCAGCAACCUGCUUUGGCUGACUUUUCAAAAGGAUUAGUAAACAAUGUGCCUCAGCCAGAUCUUUCCAAGGCAGUAUCACUCUCGAUGGGACUGUACAUGGGUGAAACAGAUGCAAAAGUGAUGGGAAAUGACCUUGGAUUUUCACAGCAGGGCCAAAUCGGCAUCACUUCUGGAGAAACAGACUUCAGGCUCCUGGAAGAAAGUAUUGCAAGCUUGAACAAGUCCUCGAGCCUGGCUGAGGACGCAAAGGGAGCAAUAUCUUCUGAGGUGCCACUGGAGCCGGAUUUCCCAGGCAUGGCUGGCCGCAAUGUCCCUUUAGAGUCAGGAACUGCAGUCCAAAGCCAGGUUGGCUCGAAUGGUGGCAACUUGAAGUUAUUCUCUGAAGACCAAAGCACCCUGGAUAUUCUCCAGGAUUUAGAAUUGCCGCCAGUGUCGCCUGGCAAAGAGCCCAAUGGGAGCCCGUGGAGGCUUGACCCGUUGCUAGAUGACGGUGGCUUGCUGUCCCCUAUAUCUGCAGAUGAUUCAUUUCUCCUGGAAGGAAAUCUUGGUGAAGACUGCAAGCCUCCUAUUUUAUCUGACACUAAACCUAAAAUUAAUGACCGUGGUGACCUUUUACCCAGUUCCAAAAUGCCAAUGCCUCAAGUGAAAACAGAGAAGGAAGACUUCAUUGAACUCUGUACUCCUGGGAUAAAGCAAGAAAACAUGGGCCCAAUUUAUUGUCAGGCAAACUUCUCUGGGUCUAAUCUGCUGGGUACUAAAGUCUCUGCCAUAUCUAUCCAUGGUGUCAGUACCUCUGGGGGACAAAUGUAUCACUAUGAUUUAAAUACUGCAUCGCUCUCUCAGCAGCAGGAUCAGAAACCAAUUUUUAAUAUCAUUCCAUCUCUUCCUGCCGGUUCAGAAAAUUGGAAUAGGUGCCAGGGAUCAGGGGAUGAGACGUUGGCUCCUUUGGGAACGCUCAACCUUUCUGGCAGACCUGCUUUCUCUAAUGGCUAUUCAAGGUAAUUAGUUUUUGUUGCUCUUUAUUAAAAUACUACAAGUAUGUUUAGCACAACUGCAUGC